AUGCCAAGUAUAUUUGCAUACCAGAGUGCUGAGGUGGACUGGUGCGAAAGGAACUUUGAGCAUUCGGAGAACAUUGCUGAAUAUUACAAUACGUACAGCAGCAUUAUAUUUUUCAUCCUGUCCCCUGUGAUACUGAAGCUGAACGUCGACUAUGUGAAUUACCGUCCAGAGCCUCUCCGAUGUUUCUCUGUUAUGCAGAUGCUCAUUGGCCUGUUCUCCAUCUAUUUCCACAUGACGCUCAGCUACGUGGGCCAGCUGCUGGACGAGCUCUCCAUCCUGUGGGGGCUGAGCGUGUGCUACGGCUGCUGGUUCCCGCCCCGCUACUUCCCUGGAUUUAUCAAGAACAGGGAGCAAUUCCUGUGGCUGCUGGCCGUCAUGACCAUUCUGUGCACCUUCUUGUCCUUCGUUAAACCAGUUUUCAACGCAUAUUUGCUGAACUGCAUUGCUCUGCACCUCUUCUACAUGACGUACCUGGAGCUCCGAGGCUGUAACAAUCCACGGGUGCAUCAUUUGGCUGUGAGCAUGGCAAUAUUGUGGGGCAUUGCUAUCAGCUGCUGGCUGGUGGACAAGCUUCUAUGUGGAUUCUGCCAGAAGAUCAACUUCACCUACUUUCACAGUCUGUGGCACAUCUUCAUUGCAAUCAGUGUGCAGCACUGCAUCACGCUGGUCAUCUACUUCGACGUCCUGUUCCGUGCGCCAGGCACCCAGCCCCAGAUAGUGCACUGGCCCUGUGCAAGCAGCCCCGUGACGUUGCCAUACCUCUCGCUCCAGAAGCCAUAG